AGAUUGACCAAAUUAUUUACUUAUCAUUGUCACUUUCUAUUUAUUGACACUUUUUAAUCUAACUAUGCCGUAAAACUGUUGAUAAUCUUUCAGGUUGACCGAAAUGUCAAGGGAUCAUAAAUGGAGUAUACGAACCCUCGUUUAUGACGAAAGCAUUGUUUGUCCGAGAACAUUUGGGUGACGAAGACCUUAUUUGUUCCAAAUCUCCCGAGACUACUAACCCCCGAGGGGUUCCGUUGGGCCAUAUAUAGCCUUCAUCGGCACUAAAAAAGCACACUUAACAAACACUGUUGUCGGGGGCACAUCACAAAGUAAAGGUAUCAUCCCGUUAUAAUCACGAACAUGUACACGAUUGUGUGCUUCGUUGUCAUUGGUUGUAUCCAAGGACUGCUGGCAGUUACACCAACGAAUGUAAACGAGAGAACACUACAAGAUAUCGAAGACGAAGUGAGAGGGCUGCUUAUACUUAAAGUCCUGAACAGUGUCAAUACUACACUCACCAGACAACAAGCUAGGAUUCUGGAUUGUGAAACGAAAAUUAACCAAACCAUUGUCAAAUGCGAAACAUGUGCAGCAAGUAACUCCGCAGCUACAGCGCCUUCAGCUAAUUUGCUGAGCAGGGUCGUUUCUGAACUUAACAAACCUGUUGUUGCAAUGGAGGGCUUUUUCAAUGGAGCAAGUCAAGAUAUAGCGAAUCUAGGGGGUAUCAUGGGCAGCAAAAGUGGGCAAUUUGCAAGACUUACUACAUCCACGUUGAGAAAUAUUGGAAGUUUCCUGGGUAAUGAAGCUGAGAAAGCCAUGGCUGAAGUUAAGAACAUGUUGAACACUGCCGGACGAAAGUUCUCAGACCUUGGUGCUGCCAUUACAAAUGCCAUAGAUACCUCUGGUGGAUUUGUCAACGGUGUGACCAAAUUUGGAGCUGCCACUAUUUCUAAACUUAAUAACCUGCCUGAUCUACUUUCAUCUGGCGCAACUUCCGCUUUGAGUGGUCUAAGGAACGUCGUUUCGUCACUUCCGGAUGUCGGUACUCAAAUCGUCGGCGGAUUGACAGACUUAGGAAAUAGCAUCGGAGGCCUAUUCUCCGGGAGACGUAGACGAUCUACUACCCUAUUAGACAGAAUGAGGCGGCACGGAAACUCGUGUCCAGAAUGUGAUAAGAUCGACAUCAGCACCAAGACUGAGGCAGAAAUAUUCAAUGCUGUUUGUGGAGCUACGUUUACAACACAACAACAACAGAUAGUGGACGAACUGACCAGGAUGACUAGGCUGUAUGAGUGGUCAAAGGUUCUCACCAACUCGAUCCUAACUAAGAUUACCUACGACAAUGAUAAACUGGACUACUCGAGAAUAUCUGAACAGAUACUGAAUACCUCUCCACUUAACGUGACCUUUACUAUAGGAACAGUCCCGCAGACAUACCAGACCGAUAGCAAACUCAACAUAUUUGAUCCUACCAAGGUAGCACCCCAAAUCGCCGAUCAAAUAUACGUCAAGGCAUAACUAGCCAGAAACGUAUAGACACAAACUGUCGUAAGGAACACAACUUGCUUUAUUAACAAACAUUAAUUUUAUUCGAAAACAAAAUAAUCCGAUAAUUUCAAGAUAAUAAUCAUUUCAAUGUCAAAAUCAGCAUGCUUGAUAUCGGGAGGUUUUGUUUAAAUUGACAACGAUUGCUUAAUUAACAUAUCUCAAGAUGCCACGUUGUUCGACAUGGAUGUCGUCAUAUAAUGAAAUGGAUGUUACAAGAAUCAUACAAAUAACAAAAACACACACACACAAAAUGAGUAUUUUUGUAGUCUAGCAAUUGGUUGUGUGUGCCUGAGGGAGUUCGUGUGAUGGUGAUUGUGUGCGCGCUUGUAUAUUUUAUUUUCUACUAUAUUUUUGUUUAUAAGAAGAGACCAUGGUAGACAAAGGAGCAUUGUAUGAAUAUAAUCCUUUUUUGAUGAGUGUACUACGUCAUAAUAAACCGUGUAGAAAGGUAGUGUAGUAGUUUACUAUGUAAUUAACCCAUAGCUUUCGUGUGUAUCAUGUCAUAAUUAGUUCCCAAUGACGAAGUGUCAGUAUUCUUCAUUGAUGCACUACGUAUUUCGUCAAAAUGAUUUUCGUUGAUGUGUAAAUAAUAGUAUGCCUGUAUAAAUUGUGUACUACGUCAUUAAGAAGUGUAUAAUUAACCACGCGUCAUAUUAAACUUAUGUAAAUUGUUUACUAACUCACUAGUACUUCAAGGUAUAAGUAACUAGACCAUGGCAUCAUGGUAUUUGUGUACUACGUCAUUAGUAAUCCAGUAAUCUUAAUGUGCUCAUAUAAUAAAAAGAUUGUACAAUAAAGUAUAACAAAUGUUC